AAAUACGAAGCCCGAACCCGAAAUGCCCAAAAACCCUCGGUACGCGCGGUUUGCUUACAGAGAACCGCAUUGAACUAAGAAAUGGCGAAGAAGAAGAAGAGAGCUGAAGCAGAAUCCGAAGCCGAAACAAAGAACUCAGAACAACACGUAACAAAGGUCCAAAAGCUUGAUUUCGUCAAUGGCGAUUCUCAAAACUUAAAGAAGAAGAAGAAGAAGAAGAGUAAGCGAACGAAAGAGAACGGCGGUGAAGCCGACGGAAUACCUACUGUUAGCAUAGCCGUCGCCGGCUCCAUCAUCGGCAACGCCCAAUCGCUCGAGCUCGCUACUCGAUUGGCAGGUCAGAUUGCUCGAGCUGCAACGAUUUUUCGAAUCGACGAGGUAGUCGUGUUUGAUACUAAGAGCAAUUCGGGGAAGACGGGAAGUGUUAUGUCAUUGAAUAAUUCCAAUGAGAAUGAGAGUGCUGCUGCUUUCCUUGUAAGGAUUUUGAGGUAUCUUGAGACACCGCAAUAUCUAAGAAAAGCUCUCUUCCCCGUGCAUAAUAGCCUAAAAUUUGUGGGUAUGUUGCCCCCACUUGAUGCUCCACAUCAUCUGCGCAAGCAUGAGUGGGCUACCUAUCGGGAAGGUAUCACACUAAAAGAAAAAGCUACAAACUCUUCAGCAACAGUUGUGGAUGUAGGUUUAAGUAAGAAUGUUUUGGUUGAGCAAGUACUUGAACCUGGGAUAAGAGUAACCAUUGCUAUGGGAAGAAACAACAACUUGGAUUCUGAUUUACCACGCCAAGUUGUCUCAUCAUCCAAGCCAAGGGAAGAUGCAGGAAUGUAUUGGGGGUACAAAGUGCGUUACGCUUCAAAUAUCAGUUCAGUAUUCAGGGAUUGUCCAUACAAGGGUGGCUAUGAUCAUUUAAUUGGUACUUCAGAGCAUGGACUGAUUGUUAAUUCAUCACAGCUCACAAUACCCGCUUUCAGGCAUUUAUUGAUUGCUUUUGGUGGACUAGCUGGGUUGGAGGAGAGCAUUGAAGAAGAUAAUGAUCUAAAGGGAAAAAGUGCUUGUGAUGUUUUCAACUUAUAUUUGAACACGUGCCCUCACCAGGGAAGUCGAACAAUUCGGACAGAGGAAGCAAUUUUUAUAUCACUCCAGUAUUUCCAAGAACCAAUCAAUCGAGCACUUCAGAGAGCAGAAAAUCAAAGGUAGCUAUAACCCUCCUUGCAGAAAACUCUUAUUUUACCCUCAUAUUCAUUCUGAGGAUAUGAAGCUAGUAGUAGCCGCAAUACAAGAGACAGGCUAAUCAAGUAUGCAUGAGUGAAGAAAUUGCCUACACAUUUUUUACCAUCCUCAUUUUUGUUUUCGUUUGUAAUCCAUGCUCUAAUCCCAGAGGUCUGUCUUGCCUAAGAUUGUCAAAUCUUUACAGUUAGAUCUAUGUACCUGCCUAUAAAGACUCUAACAAGUUAGGUGGAUGUAUGUUCUUUUGCCUAAGUUAUCAUCUUUGGCACCACUAUAAAAUUGAUCUGCCUUGUACCUGCAUGUAAAAUUGAUCAAUUCUUAAGUUACUACUGCCCUUGUUUAUAGAGCUGGUUUUCAUCGGAAUUCUUGUGAAUUUCGGGGGGUUUUGUGUUGAAUCCUUGUGAAUUUUGGGAUGUUCACGUUGCUAGCUAUUGAGAUGGCUUUUGUUCUGUUAUUGGAUUUUUCUGUCGUUUCCCAAGUACCCUUUUCUCAUGUUUUCGGAGUUCCCAUGAAUUUGGGGUUUUGCACUUUUGUUGUGCUUGCUAGGAAUUGUCCUGAAGUUGUGAACUUUGGAUAAUGUGUUGCUCUAGAUUGAUGGGUAAUUUGACUUCUGUUUUUUCUUACGGCUAUGAUUAUGGAGAAACCCUCUCAUUGUUUUUGAGUCCUGCUGUUGAAGUUUGGCGUGUUCAAGGAAGCGGUUCUUGGUGGGAUUGUUUUAGCAUU